UGGUCCCGCUGGGCGCGAGCGGGAUGGAGCGAGUGUCGGGAGGCUCUGCACUCUUCAGUCACGCCAACCCUUUUGUGGAGCCUCCGAUCUCCCGCAGUCACUACUGCCCCUCCUCGCCGCAGAGCCGAUCCAAGCAGCAGCAGCGGAAGGUGAUGAGAGAAGGCAGGAUCCAGUGGUCCGGGCAGCGCCUGCCCUUUGAGGACACACCUUCAGCCCCUGAUCCCCUGGAACCAACAGGCAAUGGUGCACGUUCCGAUUCUAUCAGCCAUUUGGAGGAAUCCUGGCCCUCCAGUGAGAGUGCAUCUCCCUCCACACUGGAGGGUAGGUCAAGCCAUGUGCAGAGCCUGUCCGGUGAUCCACCUCGUGAGAACUUUUGCCCAGACACGGGAUGGGGCUGCAGCCCAGAUGGAGCACCUGCGAACAGUUCCAUCAUUGCCAUGUACAUUCAGAGAUUCCGUCAUGCCCAGCCGCAGAGCCGAGAGCAGCGUGCGGCCCGGCUCGGAGCUGGUCUCGAUGACUUCUGGUGGCUCCAUAACUCUCCCCGCAGCAGCUCCACACCAAAUGGAGAAGAGCACUCUGCUGACUGUGGGCCAGUUCUUCCAGGAGGGGGACCAGGCAGCAACCAUUCCCCUUUCUAUCUGCCGGAGUCUCACUGCCUGCAAGAGGUCUCGGCCCUGCCUGGUGUUUCCAGCUUAAGCCUCCCUUCGCUGAAAGGACUGUCUGCUUCGGAGAGGGCGCAUGACAUUUCCCUGCAGGAAACCCUUGACCCGAAUACGCUGCAGCUCCAGGAGAGAGCCCGCCGCUUGCUCGAGCACAGCGAGUCAACGCUCAGCGACCCGGUCCCUGUCAGCUCAGAAGGAGUUGGGUCUCCACCGGAGUCAGAUGCCCCCAGCCUCGAGGAGACUUCACGCUGGCCUCUUUGUGUUCCGCUCAGAGAGUUGACAGUUGGUGAAGGACGAACAACACAGCUUCCUCCAGCAUCUGAGCCUCUCUGCCUGGCCCCAGCCCGUUCCCUUGCUCUGCGUCCUGAGGACGACAUUCUAUACCAGUGGCGUCUGCGGAGAAAGAUGGAGGUGGCCCGGGACAGCCCUUGGCCAUCGCUGCCCGCUAGGAUGGCCCACUCUCCACCGGUCCGUCUGCCCAGGCAGGUGGAAGAAUUUGGCGAGUGCAGACUAUCGCGAGUAGGACCUUCAGCUGGAGACGGUUUCUCUGCCCAUGAAUCCCCACAUCUGACGCCAAGCCAACCCCAGCGCUCACAGUGUUCCAGCCAGCUGGCGUCCCAAAGGGGUGAGAAGGAGAGGGAGUGGCUGGAGAGUGCGUGGUGUCGGACCACGAGUACUUUGGAGCCUGGGCUGGCUGCAGCCAGACACCCAGAUCCUGGACCUGCCGGUCCUGAAAUCCCAGAGUUUGGACCGACCGCUGCCAGGAUCCCAGAGCCCAGACCUGGUACCAAAAUUCCAGAGGCCAGAUCAGCAACUGCCAGGAUGCCGGAGCCUGGACUGACCACCACCAGGAUUCCGGAUUUACAUCCCAGGCUGGAUCCAUGCCAGGAAAUGUCCAGUGAGCCUGGACCUCCUGGCACUGAAAUCCUGGAGCCCCGAUCUGCUCAUACAGGGAUCCCAGGGCCUGGACUCGCAGCUGCCAGGAUCCCAGAUCUACAUCCCGAGCCGGAUCCAGGCCAGGAAUCGUCCAGUGAUGAGGCCUGCAGCUUUCCAGCUGGCGUGCAGCGAUCCAGGGUGGAGCAUGGAGCAGGAUCCAGACUGGCACCGUCUGAUGUUCGUCAUGUGUUGGGACAGGUGAUUUCUGAGGCGAUCUUCUCACCCCCUCCUCCUCAUUUGUCACGGAAAGCUCACAGUAAUCCAAGGAGAGUGACAAGAGCCAUGAGAAGGAAUCGAUCGAUGCCGUCACCCAGUGCACAUUCGCACUUGCAGCCCUCAUCAGAAGUGGGCCCCAGUCAGUCCCCAGAGGUGCUGGCUCAGCUCCUGGAGGAGGCUGAAGAAUCAGAUGGUGUGGAGUUUGAGGAGGACGUAUUGCUUCAGGUGCUACGGCAGCAGCGCGACUGGGUACGACGGCAACUCAGGGAAGCCAACUUGAGGCUGGAGUCUGUUAGCUGCCAAGCACCAUAAGGGGAGCAGCGGAAAGAGCCAACAUCUGGCGUGGCCUCUGCAGAGCUGUGUGAGUAACGGAUAUCGAUGUGGGCAGAGAGGGGGACACAACUGGUCCAGAACAAAAGGGGGCAAGGAGUGAGAGUUCCUGAAUGUUCAUAUUGCUCCUGUAAUUUCUCACCACACACAGGACGGGCCUGUGUCUGCAACACCCCCCCUCCCCGCCCAUACGAUGUCAGGACGGGGUCUGUGUCUGUGACUCUCCCACACGGAGACGGGAUCUGUGUUUGAUUCUCCCACACGGUGACACAUCGGGGUCUGUGUCUGUGGGAGAGUGGCUGGAGCUCCCACAGGUAAUCAUGAUGUAUGUUCCCCACCUCUGUGAGACCCCCUUCUCCUCUCACCAAGCUCAUUGAGUUUUCCCAUGUGUUCAUGGUUGCAUUUUAGGAAAAGGACUAUUGUCUUCACUAAACUUGGAUUAAUUAGAUUAUUUUGAUGCAAUAAAGUUUUUUAUGUGUUUCUUACUGUGCCUUUCUGAACCUAAUCCAGCUCAGCAUAAAAACUGUGUUUAGUUGUGCUCCGCAAAGAGGAUGCAGGCUCUGUCUCAGUUCUGUAUACCACUUAUCUGAUUAUCAACAGGAUGUCUGAGGCUGCAUUUCACAGUUACCUCAACAUUUCAGCAACAGCGUUCAGAUAGUGAAGCUUUCCCCACAUUGUCCCAUCAUACCCAGGGUCAGUCACCAUACUGUCACACACUCACAAAGUCAGACAGAGAGAGAAGCUCCCUCUACAUCAUCCUAUCACUCAUUUACAGGGUCAGACACAGUGAAUCUCCCUCCAGACCGUCCCAUCGUACAAUCUAUGGCUAACUGGAGGUCCACGACCCAGUCCUCGUUGGAGGAUAGGAGGUGGAGAGAGAAGUUCAGUAACGUUAAGUUCCUUGGCCUUAUCAUUUCAGAGGAUCUCUCCUGAGACCAGCAUGUGUCAUUACAAAGAAGGCACAGCAGUGCCUCUACUUUCUUAGAAGUUUGUGCAGAUUUGGCGUGUCUAAAACUUCUAUUGAUAAUUGUGACUGGUUGCAUUAUGGCCUGGUAUGGAAACACCAGUGCCCAAGAAUAUAAAAGUCUCUGUGAGGUGGUGGAUACAGCCCAGUUCACAGGAAAAGCCCUCCCCACCAUUGAGCAUGUCUACAGAGAGUGCUGCCACAAGAAAGCAGCACCAUCAUCAAGGACCAUCCAUACCUUGUUCUCCUCUCACUGUUGCCAUCGGAGGUGAGAUACAGGAGUCUAGAGUCGCACACCACUGGGUUCAAAAGAAGUUACUAUCCUUCAACCAUUUGGCAUCUAAACCACGUGGAUAUCUUCACUCAUCUCAGCAAUGAACUGAUACCACACCUAAGGACUUGGCAACUUGUACUGUCGGUGUUAUUUAUUUAUUAUUGUUAUUCUUAGUUUUUUUUGUAGUUGUAUGGAUUGUUUGUCAGUCUUUGCUCGUGUGUAGUUUUUCAUUGAUUCUAUUGUGUUCUGUUUGUAUCUUCUGUGAAUGCCUGCAAGAAACUGAAUAUCAGGGUAGUAAAUGGUGACAUGUUUGUACUUUGAUAAUAAAUUUACAUCAA